AUGUUCGUCAAAACUGAGACUCUGGAGUUGAAGGAGGAAGAGGAGGUGCUGAUGCUGCUGGGCUCGGCUUCCCCGGCCUCGGCGACCCUGACUCCGAUGUCCUCCAGUGCGGACGAGGAGGAGGACGAGGAGCUGCGGCGGCCUGGCGCCGUGCUUGGGCAACGUGGGGCGGAAGCCGGGCAGGGGGUGCAGGGCAGUCCGGGUGCUGGGGGUUGCCGGCCAGCGCGGCUGCUGGGCUUGGUGCAUGAGUGCAAGCGGCGCCCCUCGCGCGCCCGGGCUGUCUCCCGGGGAGCCAAGACGGCGGAGACAGUGCAGCGCAUCAAGAAGACCCGCAGGCUGAAAGCCAACAACCGCGAGCGCAACCGCAUGCACAACCUGAACGCGGCGCUGGACGCGCUGCGAGAGGUGUUGCCCACCUUUCCGGAGGAUGCCAAGCUCACCAAGAUCGAGACGCUCCGUUUCGCCCACAAUUACAUCUGGGCGCUCACCGAGACCCUGCGCCUGGCGGACCACUGCGCAGGCGCCGGCGGCCUCCAGGGGGCGCUCUUCUCCGAGGCGGUGCUGUUGAGCCCCGGAGCCGCGCUCAGCGCCAGCGGGGACAGCCCUUCGCCCUCCUCCUCCUCUUGGAGCUGCACCAACAGCCCUGCGUCGUCCUCCGCGUCCUCCACCUCCACGUCCCCAUACAGCUGUACUUUGUCGCCCGCUAGCCCCGGGUCAGAUGUGGACUACUGGCAGCCCCCACCUCCGGAUAAGCACCGUUAUGCACCUCACCUGCCCGUCGCCAGGGACUGUAUCUAG